CUAUUCCACUGUGCCACACGCCUCCCUCCCAUUAUGUUUUUUCUUUGACGAUGGCCACUGUCCGUUGUUAUAACAUAAUGAUGGAACUUCUUUCAGUUUGGAACAAAGCAUCCUUUGACUAAAGGAUGAACUGAUCAUACUUGGUGGUCAAAGCUCUCCUUUAUUGUGACGGGUACAAUGGAGUGUUAUUUAUCACAGUACAGUAGCUAUUGUUUAAAUCCACACAAACAACAGGACCCUAAAGAGCCAGAGUCUGAACUAAACAUAGAGAAGUUCACUUAUUGUGCUCCAAACAUCUGGACCAAGCUCCCAGAAACCUGCAGGUCCGCUGCAACGAAGACUACUUUUAAAGACUUGUCUUUUUGCCGCUGCUUUUAAUUGAACUGUUUGUAUGUUACGCUGCACUGUAACCUUUCUUCAUGUAUUUUUAUGUUUAUUUGAUUCACUUUGCUUUUAAAUGCCAUUUUAUAAUGUGAAUCCGCUGCACUAUUUCUUAAUGCUCUUUAGCACUUUGAAUGGUCUUGUGUUGAAAGUUGCUAUAUAAAUAACCGUGCCUUGCCUAAAAGCCAGGAAGGAGAGAGGGCUGAACCAUUUCAUAACAGACCUCAUCCCUUGUGGAGUUGUGGAUUGUAGUGAUCCACCUGCACAGAGUAGUUACCUAAAGCAAAGCUAGCAUCUCCUCUCUGAUCAACUAACGUGUUUUCUGCCAACACCAAACUGCACACAGACACAGGUUGAGGAUAUCUGUUGAAACUGGACCAGCAGUAUGGUGAACACAAUACUAUGAGUGCUUUUUGUUUCCCAAAAAUAAAUAGAUCAAUUAAUGUUUGUCUUAAUACGUGGUAUUCAUGUUUACUGUACUUUCAUGAUCACCAGUUAAAGAGUACAUGUUGACAUAAGAAUGCUCCUGUGUUCAUUGAACUUUGAUGUAAUACAAUAUUGGCAGAUGAAUUCAGGCAACUCUAGCAGAGAAGGAAAAACACUUCAAAGACCGAUCAUGUUUUUAUUUUCUAACCCUUAAUGUGGUCUCUCUCAGGGUAUGGGGGGUCAGCACGGGUACUUCGGCUUGUGGCUGGACAGUGAUUUUGGCCGUGGUCACAGCCGUGCACGGCCCAGGUGCACCACCUACGGCAGCCCCCAGCUGUCUGAGGAGGAGGACUUCAGCCUGGACUCUGUGGAGGUGUGGGCUGUGGGGAAGCCCCCAGAACCACAGGAGGACGAGGAGGGACAGGGCAAAAAGAGUAUCCUGGAUAUGGACCCAGAGGUCCAGGCCAUAAUGGAGAUGACGGGGAAGACUCUGCACAGUCAGGGCCUCAGGGAGCCGGAUCAGGGGCAGUGAACCAUGUCCCAAACUGUUCUUUAAUGUCAGUGCAGAAGGAGCAAUGAUGUAUGGGUGUGAUAUAAUCAUCUCCAUUCUCUUCUCAUUCAAACUACUGAGGAAAGUAAGCACAGCAAAACUGAAGGUUACACCACUGAUAGCCAUGUUAAAUAACAGUCAAAUAUAACAUGGAUCUGUCCUGAACGUGAGCCCAUUUGAAGAAAAGUCUAAUUGUUAAAUGCUGUUUGGCAGAAGGUUUUUGGGAGACAGAAUCUGACAUGGGCCUGUUGUCAGUUUCAUGGUCACCAUGUGUUGAAUGAUAACAUCCUUAUGAUCAGUUGAACUGUCUGAGAAGCUUAGGAGUGACUCAGGGAAUGAGUCCACUACCAGAGAAGAAGUUCACUGUUUAUCAGUUAUUCUUUCAUCGCUCCUCAAACUGACCAAUAGAGGAAUGCCUGUGACAUGUGUCAUAGUGACAGACUGUGUUGUGUAUGCACAUGUGAUGCUGUGCCUUUUAUUUUCUCAUUGCAGUGGCUCAGGUUUGAAUAUCAAGUACAACUAACUGAGGACUUGCAGCAGAUCAACAUGUGUUAUGUUAUGAACAAAUGCUUGCAAUAAAGUGAAGAAGCAGGCCAGUUUAUCACAGCUCAGAUGUAACACCUAUAUAUUUAUUGUUUAUUUCUCAAAUAUAUUGAUUGAGUAUGUCAAAGAAACAGAAUAACGUGUGGUGUAAGAGGAAGAGUGGUAUCAUGGGAGAUGUUACAUAUGAUGCAGUCAGCUCCUCCUGGUUAGCAUCCCUUCACAUGUUCAUCCUUUCAAAAGGUUUUAUUAGCCGAGGUCUGUCUCCUCUUGUCAAAAACAAACAGACCUGUGGAUAAAAAGCGGCAGAGCAGUUUCACGUUGAAGUGUUUUUAUCCCGGCACUGGCUGCUGCUAAAGCUAGCUCAACUUGUUUUGCUAAAGACUUCAAACAACCAAGAGAUACAAAAAAGUCUAAGAAGAAUUCUGGCUCACAAUUUGAUAACAUGGUGACAGCUUCUGGCAGACAAUCGCAAGGCUGAGGUUAGCUUAAAGGGGAUUGGCUAUUACAGGAGACAAUAUGAAACUGACCUUAGCUUUAUUAAAAUGUAAGAUUUCUCCUGGUUGGAAAAUGGUUUGAAACAUUUGGUAUAAUGUGAAAACACAACCCUAAAAAAUAUAUCCAAAACUUCGGUCUAGUGAAUUCAUAUAUUUAUCUGUUUGCUGACCAAUUCAAACUCUAAAAUAUCUUCAGGACAUACUCACAUAAUGGAUCAAAUCAUGAUUAUUAACUCUUACUAUAAUUACAAUUGUCGUAAUAUAUAGUGUUUUAAUUGGAUGUAGGAUUUUUUGUGUGUGUCUUUUGAAAACAUUGUUUCAGUGAAUAAAGGAAACACUGCCCCACUGGCUGGAAGGCAGAGCUGCUGUCUCUGGUGUUUCUCAGCAUAGUGAAAUGUUUCUUCAUCUGAUCUUGUCUGACUUUGAGUUGUAAAAGUUAACAUGAAAAUAAAUGAGUGGAUCUGAACUAAUCCAAACCUGC